CUCUGAACAACAUGGUUAACCCUCGCGCUACCUUCAACACUACUGCUGGCAGCUUCACCAUCGAGCUGUACAUGGAUAAGAUGCCUAUAACUGCGUCCAACUUCAUCGACCUCGCCAAGACCGGCUUCUACAAUGGUCUUCAUUUCCAUCGAGUCAUCUCCGGUUUCAUGAUCCAGUUUGGCUGCCCCCACUCGAAGGACCCAAGGAGCUCCAGAGCUGGCACUGGUGGCCCCAACGGUGGCACUAAGUUCAACGUUCCUGGCAAGGGAGAGAUUACCAGAGAUAUGGGUGGCAACAUCCCCGAUGAGUUCAGAGAGCCUGGCUGUCCCCAUCUGUCCAACGAGGUCGGAACCCUCUCUAUGGCCAACACUGGCCGUCCCAACAGUGGUGGCAGUCAGUUCUUCAUCAACGUAGCUCACAAUGAGUUCCUCGAUUUCUGGAGGAACGAUUUGGCUCCCAGUCAGCAUCCCGUAUUCGGCAAGGUUGUUGACGGUAUGGAUGUCGUGAUGAAUAUUUCCAAGGCUCCCACUAACAGCAAUGACAGUCCUAGGACUCCUAUCAUGGUCAACUCCAUCACCGUACAGGGUGCCUAAAUUUGACUACUAAGCUGGAUUGUUGAUGCUUGUGUGCUAUCAAUACUUCCACUCUUACUCGAAUAUGAUGAUGAGAGGUGGUGAUACUGGUGGAGUGUCACCCCUACCAAGGUGAACUAGACUUUCCUAACCCAAUCUAGUUUGGUU